UAAUUCCCGGCAAGAAUGAAAUGUACUUCACAAGAGUUUGUCCGGGAAUGUCAUGACUAAAAACGUUUCCACGUCGCCCGGCUGACGUGAACACAGCAAGGGGAUUUUUUUUUUAUUUAGUUUGUUUGUAACGAUAAAUGAAACUGUAAGAAGCUCGAGGAGAGUCAUAAGUGUGGAUCGAUUUCAAGCCGGACACCACAACGAACAGGGGGAGCAGUGAAGCCAUAAUCUGAGUAUGGGCCCAGAGGAGCUGACUGACCUUAUGGACAUGACGGCAAGCACUCCUCCUAUGUCCCCCCAUCAUUCAUGCUCACCAUUCUCAUCUUCUCCUUACUCACCUCCGAUGUCCCCGGGCCCUCCGGUUGUGAUCUUGCGCUCUCCUGGCACUCGUCACCUGACUGAGAUCGACCCCUGGAGGAGACACAGCUGGGAGCCCGGGGCUGUGGCACAGAGAUAUUCUCCCAAUGACAUACGCAGUGUGAGUCUGGAAGAUCUGGACCUAGAGGAGAUGGCCUUGAUGUUGAAUGGUGCAUUGAGAUCAAAGAGAGCUCGUGAAGUCUACAGGUCUGUCACUCAAGCUUCUCUGACAUCGCUUACUGAGGAGGAAGUUGGAGCGGAGUAUCAGGAACAUCAUCGUUCAGCGUUGGAGGAGCAGUCCAGUCAAAUGCAUGGCUGCAGUGUCUCCGCCCCCAGCCUGUGUAUGAUGAAUCCAAGGCCAAUGAGCUCCGGCCCUCGCCCACGCUCGUACUGUCACGAGAGUGUUUCGAGCUACCACCUUGGAGGAUCGUCUCACAGUAUAGACAGCGAGCUGGCUGCUCUGGGUUGGGAUAUCGACAGAGGGCAAAUAAAGGCCGACAGGAACGAGAACAAAGAGGAUACAGCAGGAAAUCGGCUGGAACGAACACUUAGCUUCCUGCGCAAGAUGACUGCUAAAAACAAGAAUAAGGAGAAGGAGCGCAUGAGGGAUAGAGAGAGAGAAGCGAGGGAGAGAGAGGCACGCUACAGCAACGGCCACCUCUUCAACUCUCUCACCGUGUCUGGAACCACGCUCUGUUCGGCCUGCAACAAGAGCAUCACAGCUAAGGAGGCCCUCAGCUGCCCUACAUGUAAUGUCACCAUCCACAACCGCUGCAGGGACACAUUACCAAACUGUGUCAAAAUGAAACAAAAGCAACAGAAACUGGCACUGAUCAGAAACAAUUCAGCCUAUCAGAACGUGACACUGAGGAAUAAAGCCCAUUUAAAGGAAAGGCCGAGCUCAGCCAUCUACCCCUCAGACAGCCUUCGUCAAUCACUACUCGGUGCUCGUCGUGGACGCUCUUCUCUCUUAUUGUCCAAGAGCGUGUCCACCAACAACAUUGCAGGGACUCUGAAUGAUGACUCUCCUCUGGGGUUGCGCAGGAUCUUGUCUCAAUCCACAGACUCCCUCAACUUCAAGAACAGAACCAUGUCCAUGGAUUCACUCAAUGAUGAGGGAGAGGAGUACUUCACCUCUUUUCUUGAAGAGUUGGAGUUUGAGGGCCAGGACUUCGAGGCGGAUUCCUGGAGCAUGGCCGUAGACACAGCCUACUUGCAGACCCACCGUAAAGACAUCAUCAAGAGACAGGACGUCAUCUAUGAGCUGAUCCAGACUGAGAUCCAUCACGUGCGGACCCUGCGGAUCAUGGAUGGGGUGUUCAGGAGGGGAAUGCUGGAGGAAGUGCAACUGGAGCCAGGAGUGGUGCAUGCACUGUUCCCCUGCUUGGAUCGGCUGCUGACGCUACACACAAACUUCCUCACACAGCUCCUCGCACGCCGAGCUCACAGCCUUCAACCUGACAGCCCAAACAAUUUCACCAUCACCCAGAUCAGUGAUGUGCUCAUAAAACAGUUCUCAGGUCAGCGUGCUGAAGAGAUGCUGAAGGCCUACGCCGAGUUCUGCAGUCGUCAUAUGAAGGCUGUCAAACUUUACAAAGAGCUGUUGGCCAGAGACAAGAGACUCCAGCACUUUAUACGGAGGGCAAGUCGCGGCCCACUAAUGCGUCGUCACGGGUUUCAGGAGUGCAUUCUGCUGGUUACUCAGCGCAUCACUAAAUAUCCUGUUCUGGUGCAACGUAUCCAUGACAACACCAAAGAUAACCCAGAGGAAGCCUCAGGUGUGUCUCAGGCUCUGUCUCAUAUACGUGAGUUGCUCUGUUCAGUGGAUCAGCAAGUAUUAGAACUGGAAAGGACACAACGACUGCAGGAGAUCCGCUCCAGGGUUGACCCGCGGGCCGAGGCCAAACUCCGCUCCGGAGCCCUGUUCAGACCGGCUGAACUGUUACGCAGACAGCUGAUUCACGAGGGCACACUGCUCUGGAAAACACCCAGCUCUAGACUCAAAGAUGUUCAGGUUCUGUUGAUGACUGACAUUCUAGUAUUCUUGCAAGAGAAAGAUCAGAGGUUCAUCUUUGCCAGUUUGGAUAAAUCCGCUGUGGUGUCACUGCAGAGUCUGUUGGUGAGGGACAUAGCCAAUCAGGAGCGAGGGUUGUUCCUCAUCAGCAGUGAAUCCAGCCCACCUGAGAUGUAUGAGCUGUACGCUGCUUCUAAAGAUGACAGAAACACCUGGAUACGACUCAUUCAGCAAACCAUCAGCAGCUGUCCCUCAAGAGAAGAAUUCCCACUAAUAGAAACAGAGGACAAGGCCCUUUUGCGAACACUCAAAGCUGAUAUCCAGCAGAAGGACAGGGAAGUUUUAGAGCUGCUUCAGGAGCGGGUGACCCUGUUCUCUGACUUGGCGGAGGUCAUGGGAGGUUACGAGGUCAUACUGCCACAGUGUUCCAGAAACCUCUUCAGAGCCGAGUCUCCUCAAGCCUCCCGUGGAGAACAGCUACUAACUCAGGCCAUAACUGAGGUGGACAGAUUGACAGAGCUGCUAUUAGGAUCCAAUUUCGAGGUUCCUCUCCACUGCAGUUCCAACGGCCACCAAAACCACACUGGAGCACUAGUAAUCAAUGGCCAAGAGGUGUUAGUCAAUGGCUCUCAGGAGAACCAAGCUGCUCAGGAUGGUAAUGGGAAUCAAAUGGAGGACAAGACACCAAGUGAGGAGGUGUCACAGAGGCUGGUGAAUCUCAGUGCUCAGCUCCACGCUCUACAGGGUGUGGUGAUUCGACAGGACUCCAUCUUAGAGCUCUGUCUACGGGAAAACCCUGUGUCCCCGGCCACAGCGGGGGCCCGUACGGUUCGCUCCCUGUCGCGGGAUGGUGCAAGUGACAUGGGCUCGCUGGGCGAGCUGGCCUUGCUGCAACGGCAGCACAGUCUUUUGCAGGAGGAGCUUGGGCGUCUCAGGGGAUCUGAGGGCAAACUCAGGGACAGUGAGAGAGUUAGAGCUCAGCUGGAGAAACAGCUCAAGGAUCUAAAGACCAAUAGCGCCACUCUAGGGGAUGUUACCCGAACUCCAGGCUCACAGGCCCCACCAGCUCGUAGAGAAAGUGAGGCCGACCCCAACACUGACACUCCAUUGGCCAACCAGGAAUCAAUGGACCAAUCGGAUGGCUUGCAGGAAAGCAGUGACGUGGAAGUGGACGUGAUUUCUGAUGAUGAUGAUGAUGAUGAUGAUGAUGAUGACGAGGUGGAUUCGAAGGUGUCCCCACGCUCAGAAAGCCCCAGAGAUUUGCAAGACAUUCCUGAAGAGACCGAGACAGCUACAGAUCCCCGGGAGCGGGACAUCUCACACUGCUAAUAUUGCUCCAUUAUCAAGACUGGCCUGUUUUCUGCUUUGAUGUAACAGACUAUAUGGACUCUAUGAGCAAGUCCCCCUCUUAAAACUUGGAAAAGUCUUAUUUAGUUAAUAAAUAUUCAUUUCAAUAUAUACGUACAGUAUUUAGUUGUAUCCAGUACUUUUGCUAACAGCUUCUGUGUGGCCGUUUAUGACAUGUUAAUAUUCAACAUGCCUUCUCCUUGGAAUUCAAUCAAAUGGCUUUCGACAUCAACGGACCAAUAAGGAUAUGCCAUGGCUUCCUGGCAUUACAAAAUGGAGCUGCAAAUAAUGGGACUUUGCACUUGAUAGUGGCAUAAAAUGUUUUUCUUACGAUUCUAAAAGUACCUAAACAAACCAAACAUAACUGUUUUCUGUUCCACUGGGAAAAACAUUCAGAUAUUGUAUGUACUGUAUGUGAGAUACUAUUGCUUUGUACUGAUUAUACAUGCUGGAGCACGCAAAACCAGGAGCUUUUGUUAUUAUGGAAGUGAAAUGUUCUUGUUUGUGAGAGGUCAUUGUAAAUGUCUCUUCCUUGUGCUUUAUUUUAAAUGUAUUUAUUUUCCUUUCUUUUGGACAGAUUUAUCAUCUUUCAAGCAUGUUAAAGCAAGUUAGAAAGAAGCCAUAACUUGAAAUGCUACAUUGAUCCUGGGACCAAAUGUGCUGGAUCUCUACUUAGAACAAAAAGUAUAUUUUGUGGAAUAUUUUAAUAAUAAUGUCAAAACAGCCUUUGACAUUCACCUUUUUCACAGAAUUGAGGGCUCUUUUAUGAUGGAAAUAUAUUGCAAUUUGAAGCAAUAUAUAGAAAUAUAUUUGCAUCUAUAGCAAAGAACUUACUAAACCCAGGAAGGUUUUUUUGGUUUCUCAGCCCACAAUGUGCGUUUAUGGGGAACACUUUGUAAAUAUUGGAUGAUUUGAAAUGGAUCUUAUUACCAAAAUUUGCCACCAGCAACUUUUGACGUGUCUUACUACAAUUUUGCUCGUACUUUUGUUUUGUUUAAGAAUGUUUGUGCAAUUACUUGACUUUGUGCCAAAGUGUGCUUGGCUGAAUAGUGCUGAGAAAUAUGCUUUACUUUUGUCAAUUCAACAUUUCAGGAAGGAGCAUCGUAGAAAUUAUUGUAGAACAAUAUUCUUCAUGUUUUAAAGGAACUAGAAAAAUAAACAUAGGAUUUAUCAAAAUGUUUGUAUGGAAAAUGACAAGAGACAUUGUUAAAAUGUUUAUACAAUGUUUCACAUAUUGAGGUAAAUCUAGAAUAUGAGUUAUGAGAUAAAGAAUUAAAUCUGUUCAUAUACAACAGGCUUGGCUGUUUUUUCUAUCAUUUGUACUUGUCAGAGGAACAUUUUGUAGUUGAAGUGUGUGCAAAAUGUCAAAAAUCCCAAAGUUUGUUCUAAAAGCUUUAAUCUAAUAUUUUUCUGCAUGCUAAAUGUUUAGAUGCAUUAUGUCAUAAGGGCAAACAGGAAACAGAAACAGUUUAUCUCACAAUUCUGACUAUGUCUCGAUGUUGCGACAUUAAUACCCAUAAUGUUUUGUUUUUUGCAUCAUAUUUAUGUGUUUUAUAUUGCUAGAAAUAGUCACAAUUGUGAGACAAAGUCAGAAAUAACUUUUUCUUUUUUUUAUUCUGUGGUGUAGUCUACAACCCCAAUUCCAAUAAAGCUGGGACAAUAUGGAAAAUGCUAGUAAAAACUAAAAGGAGUGCUUUGUAAACUCUAUUCACCCUGUGCUAUCUUGAAAGCACUACAACAACACAUGUGAUUUAAUGUUUGUUUUGUUUUUGUUGUUUUAUAUAUAUAUAUAUAUACACACUUUAUUUCAAAUCAGAUGAUUCCAACCUGCUCCAAAAAGUUGAGACCAGGGUAAUUUAAGACUAAUAACACUCUGACGAGUAGAAAUAACAAGGCAUUGUGAAUCAGGAGAUGUUAAACAGGUGGGGCUAUUGUGUUAUAGUAUAUAAUGAGCCUCCAAAAAAAAGCUUAGUUCUUCAUGAUCAAGGAUGGGUCGAGGCUUGCCAAUUUGCCAGCAGAUGCAUCAGCAAAUAAUCCAGCACUUUGAGAAGAAUUUUCCCCAAAGACAUAUUGGAAGGAUUUGGGGCAUUUCACCCUCUACAGUGCACAAUAUAGUUAAACGAUUGAAAGAAUCAUGACAUGGGCUUGGAAAUAGUUCUGCAAACCUUUGUCAGUGAACACCAAUCGCCGCUGCAUCUUGAAGAUGCAAGUUAAGACUUUACUGUGCAAAGCAGAAGCCAUACAUCAACACUGACGAGCAGUGUCGCUGACUUCUCUGGGCUGUGUCUGAGAUGGAAAGUAAAACAGUGGAAUAGUGUUUUCAGUCCACAUUUCAAAUAGUUUUGGAAAUUGAUCACCUAAGCUGUUAUCAGCGUCAGGUCUAAAAGCCAGUGUCUGUCAUGGAAUAGGUGUGUCACUGCCCAUGGCAUGGAUCAUUUGUACAUCUGGGCAAUAUUAAUGCAACAUGUGCUGCCAUCCAGACGCCAUCUUCUCCAGAGACGCCCCUGUAUUUUACAGCAGGACAAUGCCAAACCUUAUACCAUACUGCCCAGUUUACAAGUGCAUGGCUGUGUAGGCAGAGAGUACAGGUGCUAGAUUGGCCUCCCUGUAGUUCUGAUCAGUCUCCAGUAAGAAUGUGUGGUGCAUUAUGAAGAGCAAAAUAUAGCAACAAAGGCCCUGUAGACCUGCAUAAUGGAUGAAUGGGGGGGAAUUCUGUUUGCUAAGCUUAACAAACUUUUGUCAUUGCCCAAACGUUUAAUAAGUGUUAUCAGAAUAAAUGAUGAUGUCACAAAUUGGUAAACACUCGACUGACCAAACUUUUUGGAGCAUGUUGCAAUAAUCUGACUUGAAAUCAGUGUACAUUAACAAAAUAAAUACAUAAAUUCACAUGUUAAAACAUCAAAAGUGUUGUUGUAGUGCUUUCACUGUCCCAACUAUUUUCGAAUUGGUGUUGUAGCUACCAUGAAUGUUGUGCUUUAAUGUGGGAUAUUCCAUAGAACAAUAUAAUCUGAACACACACAUUUACUAUUUUUACUAUUUACUAUUGGUAAACUGUCUGAAGUAUAUGCAAAUGCAUUC